AUGGCAAGGUCACCAACGGAGUUCGGCUUCGAGCCCGGUGAAGUUAAUACGGUAUCAGCACGCGUUGGAGUGCACAUGUGUAAAUUUAUAUUUCAUGCACUAUACGAAGACCCGAAUGAAACAAAAUGGAGAAUCGGCGGGGACCUGGCGGAGGAGGAUCCCAAGUCGUAUGUUUUGUAUACCUGGUUCUGGUGGUUUACCAAAGACAGUCCUCAAUAUGAAGAUGGAAUUACCGUUCGGACUUGA